CAGCGGGCGCCACGUCGGCAGCGGCGAGAGGCGCCGGAGUAAAGUCUGCAGCGGGCGGCCGCGCCGAGCCGAGCCGAGGGGUGUGUGCAGAAUAUCUUUGUGGAAACAGCUAAACAGACAUCUCCUUCACAAAGGAAUACACUUGGUUUAGAUUUCUGACUUUCGAAGGAAGUUUGUUUGGCAUUCCCAUCAAACCAGCCCUACUGGUGGUGGAUUUUUUUUUCUUGCUUGCCUUCCUGUUCAGCUUUCUUGUAAAGGCAAUAAUGAAUCAAAUGGACAGAAAUCAGCAGGAAGUCCCAUCAUACCUCCAUGAUGAACCACCAGAAGGUUCAUUAAAAGACCACCCACAGCAGCAGCCUGGCAUGCUUUCUCGGGUGACUGGUGGCCUCUUCAGUGUAACAAAAGGAGCUGUUGGUGCCACAAUUGGGGGUGUUGCUUGGAUUGGAGGGAAGAGCUUGGAAAUUACCAAAACAGCAGUCACAUCUGUGCCUUCAGUGGGAGUGGGGCUAGUCAAAGGAGGUGUUUCUGCUGUGGCUGGAGGUGUUACAGCUGUAGGAUCUGCUGUUGCAAGUAAAGUGCCUUUAACAGGGAAGAAAAAGGAUAAGUCUGACUAAAAGCAAAACUGUGACCUACUUGAUUCUUCAGAACAUUACAUCAGUGGCAUUAAAAUCUGCUGAGAUUUGGACCACAAGAAGCCAUGUGUCUUAGACAUCUACAUUUGAAGAGCUGUGCAAGUAACUUGAUUUCAUCUGAAAAGGACAGGCGAAGCUUGGCUAGCACGGUGUAUGAAGAUUUAUUAGAAGCUAGAUUCCAGCUUUGUAUCUGGUGAAAUGUUACACUUGAUAACUAUAGAAGCGACUAUGUAUAUCUGAAGGGAUAAUACAUAUUUGAAUAUUCACUUACUGUAAGUCUCUUGCAGUUUUGAACUAAAAUGUGAACACAGAAAUUUAAUUUGGUAAUCUCUGCAGUACCAUAAAUAUGAGAUGCCAGUUACUGUUCUCAGUGGUUUCCUUAUCUUCCUGCUAUGGAUCCGUGAGCUGUGUAAUGGUAUUGUUGGAUGUGCCUAAGCAGUUUCACAUAUGAAACUAUGUUUGCAGACAGCCUGUAAACAAUCCGUGAGUUUAUUCUGCCCAAGUGGACUAGAAACAAAUAGAACUGGGGGAAUGCAGGAAUUGGAAAUGGGAGUGGGAGGCAGGAGGUGAGAAAGCUUGACAACAUAUGGUAGAAGGGACCAUAGAGAGUAAACUAAUUUAAUUGUUAAUGCCUUAUUGGAGGAAAAAAGAGUAUUAAGUGAAGCUGUGUAAUGAACUGUCUUGUUGUUUCAGUACAAUUCACAGAACAAGCUUUAGACUCUCUUUGACUCCCGAUACCAGAAAUUCAGUCAACUUUUACUGCAAACAAGAUUGUUAAUCUCAGGUGUAUUUAAUGAUACACGUCCAUCUCCUGCAAGUGGAAACUUGCUGCUUCUAAUAAACUUCUUAUAGACGGUAGAAAAAAAAUGAUGGCUUAAUUGAAACUGGGCUAUGUUUGUGGUCAUCUAGGACUAUAUUAUGACAACUGUGUAACUUGAAAGAAAAUCCUUUGUGUAGUUGGAAACCACUGAAGAACUAGCAAAGUUAUUGUCUUAACUUCAUGAUGUGUCAGGUUAGCUUCUUGCUCUGGCUAGAAGCCUCUUGUUUCUAGCUUUUCAUUUAAACAAAUGCAACAGUUUUUUCACUACAUCUAUAUGCCAUACUUUACAUUUUGAUUUUGAGUAAAUUUAACUCUUUUUUAAUAAAUGAAAAACAUUUCCAAGUAAUACUGACAGAUUCUAAACUUUGAUAUACCUCAUCUGGGAGCAUUUGUAGGUCCUCUGCAGAGUGGAGCAAAACACACUUAUAAGAGAAAACUCCAAGUUGUCUUAAAAUAGAAGCUGUGACCUUUGUGCUGACCUUGCAAAUAAUUAACUUGUUUGGAAGCCCAUAACAGAUGACUGAAGAGUCACGUGAACGUUCUGUAUGCAGUAUUUUCUAAAAACUUGUGUUCCUACAGAAAGUUAACUAUGUAAGCUUACUUUUUCAGUGGCUACGGUUGUACAAGGAUAUAUAUAUAUAUUUUUUUUCUUUUUAGAAAUUAAAGAAAUCAAAAUAUAUUAUUUGUCUAAAACUUACUCCUAUUCAUGGUUGUUGAAAUUAACCUGUAAGUUAUGGUACAGUAGUCACUUAAGUCUUUCUGAGCCAUUGGUACCUUAAAUGCAGUCUGGAACAACUUUCUUUGUUGAACAUAAAGAAUUACUAAUAUCAGAUAUUUCUAAGCAUGGUGAGUUGGUGGCAGGGAUAGAAGACCAAAAAAAAAAAAAAAAAAAAACACCCAACAAAUGGAAUUAUCUGUUCUUUUGUUGGUUGCACCAGAUGCUUAGUUUCAUUCUGCUGAAAGUGUAUAAUGAGGUAAAAGAAGUCUAUGCAAUACAUGCAGACUUACUGUUUUUAUUGUUAAAGGCUAAUUAUAUAGAAUACAGUGUAGCUUAGAGAUAUCAGUUAGCUAUAAAAAUGAGCUAGCUUUGGCACCAGAAACAGUUUAGCUGCAGCAAAUAUUUUAGUAUGCUCUGUUUCCCUGCAGUUCUCAAUGUAACUGUAUCCACAGAGUGCUCCUGCUGUACUACAAAAGUCAGCUAUUUCAGAGCAUAGUGAUAUUUGUGACAUUCAACCAAACCCUUCCUAAUCACUUUCUGAAAACUUAAAUAUUGAACAGAUCAUACCUCGUUUUUUAUGACAUUCUCUAAUUUUUUUAUUAUGAAGUUUGCAGCAAAACAAGUGUGGUCUGAGAUACCUAAUGUUAGAACUGUAAAAAGCUACCAACACUUCAUUAUGUGUUGUUCUUAACAUAUUCUGUAGGCAUUACCUCUGAAUCUUGUAACUGAAAUGCUUUAAUAUGGCAUAUGGUUUUAGUUUUAGAGAAGAGCUUUGUCCUAUAUUCUGCAUAUUUUCCAUUCUCAUAUGAAACUUGCUUCUUUUAAAAAUGUGUUCUGAUUCUGUCCUGACACUUGUGAAACAUUAAAUUGUUGCUGU